AUGGAAGCUUACAUAAACAUGCGAGGGUGCUUCUUAAAUGGAGCUCUACAUUGGACAGAUAUGAACUCUACAAAUACUGGAACAACAAUCAGGUCCUUUGAUUUCGCACAAGAGAAAUUUCGUUUCUUUUCCCUUAUUAAGCAUAAAGGAUGUUCCAUGGGGACGGGAGUGGGAACUACUGGAGAUCGUCUCUUCUUUCACACUUCCUGCAUUGAUCAUUUAAAUCAUCCUGCCGGCUUUACCAUAUGGGUGAUGAUGGAAUAUGGGGUCGAUCAAUCUUGGACUAUUUUGGCGAAAAUUCGUCUGGAGAUUUUCCCUCCAUAUGUGAUCCGGUUGAAGCCUAUAUCCAUUAUGGAAGAAGAUGAUGAAGUUUUGAUGGAAUCGAGUAAAGGUGACUUGAUCUUAUAUAUACCGGAACAAGACAUUUGCAGGAUUGUACUCAACACUCCUGCUAGGAACGCACAAGUGGUUUUGUACGUGGAAACUUUGGUUUUACCGGUGAUUGGCAGCGGUUAG